CACUGCCUGCAUUUCAUUGUUGACUUGUUACAAAUCUAGUCUUCUUCACCUGUAUUCUCGAGAACAUCUGUGAAUUGAGAUGGCUGCAUAUGGCGCUCUAGUUUCUGUAAUGCAAAUUAUAGAUUCGCUUCAAAAUCAUCCAAAUCCUCCUAUUUCUAUCGACCCAGAACAGGUUGAAUCUCUCACCCAAGUAAUUAAGUUCUUCCAAGAUUUUCUUGAAGGCUAUCCAGUCCACCAUGACCACCCCGAAGAUCAAGAUAUUUGGGAGAGUCGGAUUGCAGAAUCAGCUUACUAUACUGGAGAUGUUAUUGAAUCUUAUAUCGUGGAUCAAAUUCACGCUCGAUCAAAAAAUGAUGUAGAAAACAUCAGCUCCAUUCAAUUCUAUCAAGAUCUGCAGAAGGCGAUAGAAAACAUGAAUUUGAUCAAGAUUGAGAUAAAAGAGAAAAUGGUAGUCCAAGAUCAACUGGACAUCAUAAAGUCUGUGACCACUGCUGUUGUAGACUCACCAAGAUCUACUUCCACGGCUACUAUGGUUGGUUUUGAUGAUGUUUUCCUUCAGAUGUUGGACAAGAUCAUUGGAGGAGAUCCCGAUCUCCAAAUUAUCCCGAUUGUUGGAAUGGGUGGGAUAGGCAAGACCACUCUUGCUCGAAGUAUCUACGUAAGUACAGAUGUCCAACAUCAUUUUGAUGCUUGUGCGUGGUGUACAAUUUCUCAAGAGUAUAAUGUAUGGAAAAUUCUAAGAAAAAUUCUCUAUCAAGUAGGCAAGAAGUAUAAUCGGAGUGAACUCAGUGAAGAUGAAUUAGGACUACAUGUGUGCAAAAAUUUGUUUGGGAUGAGGUAUUUAAUUGUCAUGGAUGAUUUGUGGAAUAUUGAGGCAUGGGAUGAAGUUAGGAGAUUCUUUCCCAACAAUAGAAGUGGGAGUAGAAUAGUAGUGACUACUAGGCUAUCUAACUUGGCAUAUGAAUUAAACCACUCAAAUGGUCUUAGCAUGAAAUUUUUGGACGAGUAUGCUAGUUGGAACUUAUUUUCCAAAAUUGUGUUUGGGCAACAAAGUUGUCCUCUUGAGUUGGAGGACAUUGGAAAGAGUAUUGUGAAAGGUUGUCAUGGACUUCCGUUGUCGGUUGUUGUGUUAGGAGGACUCUUAUCAAAGUCUGAACAAACAAAAAACAGUUGGGGACUUUAUGAAAAAAUUUUGAGUUCAAUUGUGACUUUGGAUAAUGAUAAGAGUUUAUUGCAACUAUUAUACCUAAGUUAUAAUAAUUUGCCAGUUCAUUUAAAACCAUGUUUUCUUUAUAUGGGUAUGUGUGAUGAAGAUGAAGUGAUUCGUAUCUCUAAAUCCAUCCCAUUAUUGGUUGCUGAGGGAUUUGUAAAGCCAAUUACUGGUAAAAGCUUGGAAGAGGUAGCAAAAGAGUAUCUUGAAGAACUUGUUGAUAGAAAUCUCCUUAUAGUUGAAGCACGCAACCACUAUGGGAAACUAAAAUCAUGCAAAAUGCAUGAUCUGUUGAGGGAUUUAUGUUUAAGAGAAGCUCAAAAAACCAAGUUUUUAUGUGUGUUGGGAGAGCCAAGAAUCCAACAAGGCAUAGAUUCACAUCUUCAUGUUGAAAGCAGGUCAUGGGAAAAUGAAUAUCCAACUCCACUUCUUCACUCCUUGGAAUCCGCAUCACUUGUCCGUUCUUUCUUUGGGAAACGGCCAAAGAGUUUAUCACAAAAAUUUAGCUUGUUGAGGGUAUCAGAUGACUUCUCUGAGGAAGAAGAUAGGCGUGAUUAUUAUGAGGAGAUUUUUCUUGGGUUAGUUAACUUGCGCUAUCUUGUUGUUAAUGUUAAUUGGAAUUUACCCGAAAUUCCAUCAUCGGUCUCUUUUCUUUGGAAUCUGCAAACAUUAAAUUUAUGCUCCAUCCGACGUGAUUAUGUCUUUGAGAUCUGGAAGAUGCCUCAACUUAGGCAUGUCAUAACCUAUGGACAUCAACCUAACGGGGCAUAUUGUCUCCCUGAUCCUCAAAGUGACAGAGAGGAUAUGAUGUUGGAAAAUCUACAGACACUUUUUGAAGUGAAGAAUCUCAAGUUUGGUGCAGAGAUGCUUAAAAGAAUCCCCAAUAUCAAGAAAUUGAAAUUAUACUAUGAAGACAUCUCAACGGAAGGAAAUUAUUACCAUCUCAACAAUAUUCGUUACCUCCACAAACUUGAAACUCUUCGCCUUCGUAGCCUUGAUCGUUUUGAUCGAAAUUUGGAGGUGAGCCUCCCGUCUUCCCUGAAGAAGUUGACAUUAGAACGUACCUAUCUUCCUUGGGAAGACAUGUAUAAAAUUAUAGGUUCAUUGCCCCAUCUUCAAGUUCUCAAGCUGAAAAAGAAUUCCUUUAUUGGGUCUGUGUGGAAAACGUUUGAAGGCCAAUUCUCAAAUCUCAAGUUCUUGCUGAUUGAAAAUUGUGAUCUAAAGUAUUGGGUGACAAACAACACCCACUUUCCAAACCUUGAGCACCUUGUUCUUCGCCAUAUAUGGUGGCUGCAGGAGAUUCCUUCAUGCAUUGGAGACAUACCAACACUUCAGACAAUGAAGUUGGUAAAUUGUAGUGAUUCUGUUGAGGGUUCAACUAAACAAUUAAAGAAGCUAGAGGAAUUCGGCAAUAAAGACCUUCAUCUGACCAUUUUGAAGAAGUCCGAUCUGUUGGAAGAAGAAUUUUCUAGUUCCAUGUACCGUGCAAUCACAACAGCGGUUGAGUCACAAAAGGAAAAUGUUGCUGAAAGUUGUGUAGAAAGUGAACCGAUAUCCACUUCAGAAGGACACGAAAUCAAGCAGCAAACUACAGAUGAAAUUGAAGAAGAGGGCAUUGUCUUGGGGCAUAGCAAAACAGAGAUGUCUAUGAGUAACUUUGGUUCAACGCACAUCGUUGCUACUCAUUCAAGUUCUGCGGAUGAUUCUUUACCGGCUAUUGAGUCGCGAAAGGAAAAUGUUGCUGAAAGUUGUGUAGAAAGUCUAGAAUCUGGCAUGCUGAAUUUGGCUGACCGAGACUUGCAUGAGCUAUCUUCGAAGCCAGACUACGCUGAUUCAAUGAUCUUAUUCCUACAGAGAAAUAAACGUUUAACUCUCAUUCAACCUUCAUUUUUCAACAACAUGCCAGAGUUGCAUUUUCUAGACUUAUCAGAUACCAAAAUCAGAAUCUUACCUAGUUCACUUUUCAAGCUUUCGAAGCUUAAAGUCUUGUUGUUGAGGAACUGCAUUUGUCUUGAAAAACUUCAGCCUGAAAUAGGAGAACUCAAGAAAAUGGAGGUACUGGAUCUGUCUGGCACUGAGCUCUACGACCUCCCCGUUGAAAUCAGUCAGCUUGAGCAUAUGAAGAGAAUGCACCUUUCCUUCUAUGGGCCGGAUGAUGAAAGUGAAUACGAGCGUUUGCCUUGUCACUUGGUUUCUCCCAGUUUUCUAUCAGAGAUGAAAGAAAUAGAAUCAUUAAGCAUUAGCGUGCAUCCUGAAGAUCACCGAUGGACAGAAGUUGCUGCCUGCAUAAUAAAGGAUAUCAACAAGUUGGAGAUGUUGAGUUCUCUUCACUUCUACUUUCCACAAAUAAAAAUGUUCGAAAAUUUCAUUAAAACGAGCCCUUCAUGGAAUAAUAAAAAGAAGUGUUUGAGCAAGUUUGAUUUUACUGUUGGCCAAGAUGUGAAACGAAUCGUAUCUCGGGUCCCGGAUGAAGUGGAAUCAAUGUUCAGUCAACAAGAGAGAUGCAUGAGGUAUGUUAAUGGCGAUAAGACAUCCCCGUUGAUGAAAAGUGUUAUCAUCCGUGCCACAGCAUUCUACUUGGAUCAUCACACUCGUGUCCAGAGCCUGUCUAACUUUGACAUUUCUAGUUUCCAGUCACUGAAAUUCUGCGUCGUGCGAGAAUGUCCAAAAAUGCAGGCUAUUUUGGAUGAGAAAAAUGCUAGAGGUGCAUUUCCAUGUCUAGAAUAUUUGGGAAUCUACUUUAUGUGGGAAUUGAGACAAAUUUGGAAGCCACCGUCGCAAGCAAGUAGAUGGAAUAGAAUCUUCAAGGCGCCUAUACUUGUCAAAAACUUUGAACCUCUAAAAUAUCUUAUGAUCAAGACAUGCCCAAAGCUACGAUUCAUAUUUUGGGAAUCAAUGCUUCAAUGUCUUGCCAACCUGGAGGAACUUGUUGUGGAGGAUUGUGAAGGCGUGGAGAAAAUAAUCAAAGAGGAAAGCAAGAAUGCGAAUUACCAAGACAAUGUCCUUCCGAGGUUAAGAAAACUCAACCUUCACUACCUACCGGAGCUGGUUAGCCUUGGCUGUGGUGUUAGCAUGUCAGAAGAAAAACUCAGUGUUUAUGGUUGUCCCAACUGGAAACGAGCAUGACGGCACAAUAACGUUACCAGUUUUGAAGAAGUACAAGCUGGACUUUCAAGGAUUUGGAUGAUCAUCUGCUUGGUUAAUGUAAGUGAAACUGCAUUAUUCUAAUUGAAUGAUUUUUCAUUUCAUUUAUCUGCAGAUUCUGCACGAGUAAAAGUCGUAGCUGUAUGUGCUGUUGUCGCUGUGUAUGAAGUUUAUAUCUAUUUGAUUUAGUUUGUGUAAUAAAAGUAGGACUUGGAAUUGGGAUUAGAGAAUGUGAAGGAAACAGAGGGAUUGUAGGAGAUUUAGUGUAGCUGGUCAUGAUAAAAUUUUAAUAAAAAAAUAUUGGCUGUGAAGACAUUUGUACACGUACAUUAUCAAGAUUUACUUAACAAAAGGUAUUUUUCUGCACCUACAGAAUCUAAAAAUGCUAGAAAAAAAUAUAAAACUUGAUUUUCUCUGGUAUCAAGAUAUGCCCGAAGCUACGAUUCAUAUAUUAGGAAUCAAUGCAUCUGUGUCUUGCCAACUUGGAGGAAGUUGUUAAGGAUUGUGAAGGCAUGGACGUGGAGAAAAUAAUUGAUGAGUAAAGCAUGAAGUAAAGUAUGAAGAAAAUGUCCUUCCCAUGUUAAGGAAACUCGUACUUUGCUACCUGCAGGAGCUGGACAUCCAAGGAAUUGAACAGUUUUCUGUUUGGUAAUGGUUUGUAUAAAUGUUAUGAAGUUCGAGAAUUUCUUGCCAUCAAAGUAGCAUUUUGGUUGCAAUUCCAGCUCUUAAGACUAGCUACUGGUCUUAGCUUACUUCUGUAGCCACUUUGUUGUUAUUUAUUGACAACUAAGACCAUAAGCUGUGAAUUAGCUUUGGCUGUGGUGUUUGAAGACAAUGUCCUUCCGAGUACAGUAUGAAGACAAUGUCCCACCGGAACUGGUUAGCUUUGGCUGUGGUGUUCGAAUAUCAGAAGGAAAAAUCAGUGUUGAAAUGAGCUUGAUGGCACGACAAAUCUACCAAUUUUCAAGAAAUACAAGCUGGAAUUUCAAGGAGUUGGAUGACCAUCUGUGUGGUCAAUGUGGUGAAACUGCAUCAUUCUAAUUGAAUGCUUUUUCCCAUUUAUUUGUAGAUUUUGCAUGAGUAAAAUUUUUGUAUGUCCUGUAAUUGAAUGCUUUUUCAUUCCAUUCCUGCAUGAUGUGUAUCAGAAUUUUUAUCCAUGUGAUGUAUCUGCAGAUAUGUAUGAGCGAAAGUUAUUAAAACUUUUGUCAUGCAUGGCGUAAUAUAACUGCAUAUAAAGUCAACGUUUUAUGUUACUAUUUCA